CAUCUUGCUUUAGCGCAUGUAAGCCACAUGGCCAGUUUAUGUACGUAAACACACGACUUCUUUUUCUCUUUUAAAAAAUGAAUUUUCCUCGACAGCUGCAAUUUCCAUUCGUUUGUUGAUCUUUUUAAAAGUUUGUUUUCCCGCAUUUUUUUUCUCUAUUCAAUGUUGAUUUCCAUGGCCAAAACCGCACCACCAAAGAUCUCUGUUUCUCCACAGAACAAAAACCACAGAGACAGCUCUAUUAAAUCUCGAAAUGUCUUCUUUUUUGCUAAACCAUAUCCAAAGUCCACUCUUUUUUCAUCCCAUUUACACAGUUCUUAUACCACAUUGUCCAUCUCUUCCUCGGUUAUUGAGGCAGAAGAAUACAAAAUCUCUGAUUGCAACAGAAAAAUCUGUGAAUUAUGUGAAGUGGGUAAUCUUAGAAAAGCCAUAGAAUUGCUUCACAUGUCUCCAAAAACCAAAAUUGAAUCAAGUACUUACUGUUCAGUAUUGCAGCUUUGUGCUGACACUAACUCUUUACAAGAUGGCAAACAAGUUCAUUCGAUUAUUUGCUCUAAUGGGGUUUCAAUCGAUGGGGUUUUGGGAACAAAACUUGUAUUUAUGUACGUAAGUUGUGGGGAUAUAAGAGAAGGGAGAUUAAUUUUUGAUAAGAUUGCAAAUCGGAAAGUUUUUCUUUGGAAUCUAAUGUUAACUGGGUAUGCAUGGAUCGGUGAUUUUGAGGAAAGUGUACAUAUAUUCAGGAAGAUGCUGGAUUUGGGGGUUGAAGUGAACUCUCAUACGUUUUCCAGCAUUUUGAAGUGUUUUGCAGCAUUAGGAAGUCGUAAGGAAGGUGAAUGGGCUCACGGGUAUUUGUUGAAAUUGGGUUAUGGCUCCCAUAAUAUUGUUGUUAAUUCUCUAAUAUCUUUUUACUUCAACAUUAGGAAAGUUGAGAGUGCACGUAAGUUGUUCGAUGAAUUGAGUGACCGAGAUAUUAUCUCAUGGAAUUCUAUGGUAAGUGGUUAUGUGGCAAAUGAUCUUCCCGAGGAAGGACUGCUGGUUUUCAAAGAGCUGCUAUAUUUGGGAGUUAACUUGGAUUUGUCUACAGUGAUCAGUGUCCUUGCAGCUUGUGUAAAUUGUGACAAUGUUCUGUUGGGUAGAGCAGUUCAUGCUUUAGCAAUAAAGGCCUGUUUUGAUAGGAGAAUAACCUUUGCUAAUACUUUACUGGACAUGUAUUCUAAAUGUGGUGACUUGCAUGAUGCAAUUCUAGUUUUUGAGAAGAUGGGUGAAAGAAGUGUUGUAUCUUGGACUUCCUUGAUUGCAGGUUAUGCUCGAGAAGGUUUGUCUGAAGGGGCUAUUAGAUUGUUCCAAAAAAUGAAAAGUGAAGGUGUUAGACCAGAUAUUUUUACCAUUUCUACAAUUCUUCAUGCUUGUGCUUGUAAUGGGUCACUGGAAGAUGGCAAGGAUGUGCAUAAUUACAUCAAGGGAAAUGAUAUCCAAUCAAAUCUUUUUGUAUGUAAUUCUCUCAUGGAUAUGUAUGCAAAAUGUGGAAGCAUGGAAGAAGCUAACUCAGUGUUUCUGAAGAUGCCUAUGAAAGACAUUAUCUCAUGGAAUACUAUGAUUGGAGGGUAUUCAAAAAAUGGUCAUCCCAAUGAAGCUCUUGGUCUGUUUGUUGCAAUGUUACAAGAAUUAAAACCUGAUGGUAGAACAAUCGCUUGUAUUCUUCCAGCUUGUGCUAGCCUAGCUGCUCUAGAUAGAGGUAGAGAGAUCCAUGGCUUCAUAUUGAGAAAUGAUUGUUUUUCUGAUCAACAUGUUGCCAAUGCACUUGUUGACUUGUAUGUGAAGUGCGGGGCAUUAGCUCUUGCACGGUUACUAUUUGAUAUGAUUCUCACUAAGGAUCUGAUCUCAUGGACAGUGAUGAUUGCUGGGUAUGGAAUGCAUGGAUUUGGGAAAGAAGCUAUUGCUGCCUUCAAUGAGAUGAGGCAAGCAGGGAUUGAGCCUGAUGAAGUUUCCUUUAUUUCUAUACUGUAUGCUUGCAGCCAUUCUGGGUUACUAAAUGAAGGAUGGAUAUUAUUUAACAUUAUGCAACAUGAAUGCAGUAUUGCUCCAAAAUUGGAGCACUAUGCUUGUAUAGUGGAUCUUCUUGCCCGCACUGGGAAACUAUCAAUGGCAUAUCAAUUCAUAAAAUCAAUGCCAAUUGAACCCGAUGCCACAAUAUGGGGUGCUUUGCUCUGUGGGUGCAGGAUUCACCAUGAUGUUAAAUUAGCAGAAAAAGUAGCAGAACAUGUCUUUGAACUAGAACCUGAGAACACAGGAUACUACGUACUUUUAGCAAAUAUCUAUUCUGAGGCUGAAAAGUGGGAAGAAGUGAAAAAACUAAGAGAGAGGAUUGGUGGGCGGGGUUUAAAGAAAAAUCCUGGCUGCAGUUGGAUAGAGGUCAAGGGCAAAGUUCAUAUAUUUGUUUCUGGAGACGGUUCACACCUACAAUCCCAGAAGAUCAAGUCUUUAUUGAAUGAGUUAAGAUCAAAGAUGAAGGAGGAAGGUUACUUUCCUAAAAUGGAAUAUUCACUGAUUAAUGCAGAUGACCUGGAGAAGGAAAUGACUCUUUGUGGGCAUAGUGAAAAAUUGGCCAUGGCUUUUGGAAUAUUGAACUUACCACCCGGCAAAACGAUACGGGUAACCAAAAAUUUAAGAGUCUGUGGGGACUGUCAUGAAAUGGCCAAGUUCAUGUCUAAGAUAACGAGGAGGGAGAUCGUAAUGAGAGAUUCUAAUCGUUUUCAUCAUUUUAAGGAUGGUACUUGUUCUUGCAGAGGUUUCUGGUAAAUCAUGCGAUGUUAGGAGUUUGAAUGUAAUAGAGCUUAUCAUAGCUAUUUGGAGGUUGAGUCCUAUUUAUUGGUCAGAAAAUUAUUGUGAAUACUGGUCAAGACAAGCAUUUUGCAGAUUAGGAAUUCAAGUCAGGGUCCCUGUUGUAUACCUAGGUCAAACUGAUUAUCAGUUCAAAUUAUGUAUUCCAAACUACUGAGAAACGGAAAGCUACCCUUUUCUCAUUUGUGAACGAGGGAGAGAUCAUGAAUGGAGAUCACAAAAAUGGCAUUGUUGUA